AUGCUCUCCUCUGCGCCCGGGAUCACAGUUGAGGUUUGCGUGGAUUCUGUGGAAUCAGCCGUUGCUGCUGCGAAGGGAGGAGCAAAUCGACUCGAACUUUGUGGCAAUCUUGCGCUCGGCGGGGGAACUACCCCCAGCAUCGGCUUGUUCCAAGCUGUCCGCAGUGCAGUGACGGAUGUGACUAUCAUGCUAGCCGUUGCUGGAUCCGGAACAGUGCCUUUCCCUGGCAGAUGGAUCCGCGCUAUCGUUCCCAUCGUCAUGAUUCGCCCACGCACUGGGGACUUUUGCUACACCCCAGAUGAGUUCGCCAUCAUGAGAGAGGACAUCCGCGCGUUCAAACAUGCUGGGGCGCACGGCAUUGUGAUGGGCGUUUUGACAAAGGACGGAAGAGUAGACAUUGGCCGCAGCGCAACUCUCGCAUCGGAAGCCGCUCCGCUGCAAGUCUGUUUCCACAGAGCGUUUGACAUGACAAGAGACCCCAUGGAAGCUCUGAACGAUGUGCGGAGCAUCGAACAUGUCACGCGCAUCCUGACCAGCGGGCAUCGCCCAACGGCGCCCUCUUCGCUGCCCACUCUCCGCGCACUCCUCGAGGCAUCGGCCCCAGAUACCCCGGUCAAGGGCGGCCACUCGCUCGGCAUCCUCCCUGGUUCUGGGAUAAACUCGUCCACCGUUCGCCCGCUCCUCGACGCGCUCCUCCCGCACGGACUACGUGCCAUUCAUCUUAGCGGCGGCUCUUGGAUCCCUGGCACCAUGGAAUUUCGGAGAGAAGGUAUGGGCAUGGGCAUAGGUGGCGAAGGAGAGUGGGGUGUUUGGCGCACGAGCGAAGAACGCGUGCGCCAGGUGAGACAUAUUGCUGAUGAGGCCUGGGAAGAAUAUGCUGAAGCUGUGCGAAAUGCUUGA